ACUGUUGUCACAAACCGAGUUCAAGUUGGUCGGCUUAAACUUCAUCCCUUAGAUCUAUUACUGCGCAUGUCUCCCUUAGCAUUCGUCCAAACUGUGAUCUAUGCUUAUGUUACCGGGGAAUUGCAGCGAGUUCGUGCCUUCAGUCGGACGGAAAUGACCACAUCUUUGGUUUUUGCUCUUAUUACGAAUGGUGUUAUCGCCUUCUUUCUUAAUGUUGUAAGUUUCACAGCAAAUAAAAAGACAUCAGCUUUAACUAUGACUGUCGCUGGCAAUGUAAAACAAGUGCUAUCUAUUAUUCUGGCUGUCAUGAUAUUUAAUUUAACAAUAACGCCGACAAAUGGCCUUGGAAUUUUUCUUACUUUAGUGGGAG